CGUUUUUUAGCCACUAAAGGGAAUUGUUCGAAAGCGGAGCAAAUUUUAAGUGCGCAACCAGUUGAAUUCUUUUGCAAGUGCACUUUGUCUUUAUAAAUUCGAUUUACAGAUAGAAUUACCUUUUGUUGAGACUCUAAUACCUCUUUAAAUUCUCAGUGCGUGUGCGGGUGUGCCUGUGUGCUCCGUCUCCCUCGCACUGCGUCGAGUGUGUUAGUGUGUGCGUGAAGCGAGCGCGAUUUAAAAAUAAAACGGCAAAUACAUAAUAAAAAAUAUCGAAGAGCAACAGCGGCAGGCGUACCAACACAAACAAACCGAUACCAGCCAGCCGUGUGUUUACAUAGUGUUGUGCGCUGGUGUUUGUGUACCAAAGUUUCCUCCUCCUAACCAUACUAAAUUCAAACCAAGUCAGAAAAACACGAUCUAGUUCGCAUGUAUGCAAGUGCAUUUUAUGGAGACUCAUUUGCCUGUGGAAGCCAGCAGGACAUUGAUCGGCCCAAGAGCCAGCUCAUAAAGUCCCAUAACAGAAACUGAAAAACUGAAUCCGAACCAGAAUAAGAACCCCAACCGUUGCACUGAUCACCAUACACAUUCAGCUGUCACAGCUUAGCAUCCAAAAUCACUAUACCACCAUCAUCAUAUCCAUCGGGUAGAGCAAGAGCAUGAGCUUGUGGAAGCGCAUCUCCAGCCAUGUCGACUGCGAGCAGCGUAUGGCGGCUUACUACGAGGAGAAGGGUCUGCUCGAGCUGCGCCUCUGCUUGGCACCCUGGAUCGAAGACAGGAUAAUGUCCGAGCAAAUAACGCCCAACACUACCGACCAGUUGGAGCGAGUGGCCCUCAAGUUCAACGAAGAUCUGCAGCAAAAGCUUCUGUCCACGCGCACCGCCAGCGACCAGGCCCUCAAGUUCCGGGUGGUGGAGCUUUGCGCCCUCAUCCAACGGAUCUCCGCUGUCGAGUUGUACACGCAUCUGCGGAGCGGCUUACAAAAAGAGUUGCAGUUGGUCACCGAAAAGAGCGUGGCUGCCACCGCAGGCCAAUCAAUGCCGCUAAAUCCCUACAACAUGAACAACACGCCCAUGGUUACUGGCUACAUGGACCCCAGUGAACUGCUGGCGGUGUCCAACAGCUGCAAUCCGCCUGUUGUUCAGGGCAUAGGCCCCAUCCACAAUGUGCAAAAUCCAGGCAUAGCCUCUCCAGCCCUCGGAAUGGUCCCGCCCAAGGUGGAGCUGUACGAUGUUCAACAUCAGAUCAUGCAGGCCCUCAAUGAUUUUGGCAACUGUGCCAAUGCAUUAAAACUGCUUGUCCAGAACUAUGGCUACAUGCUGAACUCCACAUCCUCGCCGAACGCAGAAGCUGCCUACAGAAGUCUAAUCGAUGAAAAGGCGGCCAUCGUGCUCACAAUGCGUCGCAGCUUUAUGUAUUACGAGACGCUCCACGAGUUGGUCAUAAACGAGCUCAAGAACUGGCGUCACCAACAAGCGCAAGCUGGAAACGGAGCUCCCUUUAAUGAGGGCUCCCUGGAUGACAUCCAGCGCUGCUUUGAGAUGCUCGAGACCUUUAUCGCACACAUGUUGGCUGCCGUUAAGGAGUUGAUGCGCGUACGUCUGGUAACCGAAGAGCCCGAGCUCACACAUCUGCUCGAGCAGGUGCAAAACGCGCAGAAGAACCUGGUAUGCUCCGCCUUUAUUGUCGACAAACAGCCCCCGCAAGUGAUGAAGACUAACACACGCUUCGCAGCGUCUGUGCGUUGGCUAAUCGGCUCCCAGCUCGGCAUCCACAACAAUCCACCCACAGUCGAGUGCAUCAUAAUGUCAGAGAUACAGUCGCAACGGUUCGUCACGCGCAAUACACAGAUGGAUAAUAGUAGCCUCUCCGGUCAAUCAUCGGGCGAGAUUCAAAACGCCUCUAGCACCAUGGAGUAUCAGCAAAACAACCAUGUUUUCUCCGCCAGCUUCCGAAACAUGCAGCUAAAGAAGAUCAAGCGGGCAGAAAAGAAAGGCACUGAGAGCGUUAUGGACGAGAAAUUCGCCCUGUUCUUCUACACCACCACCACAGUAAACGAUUUCCAGAUCCGGGUGUGGACCCUGUCCUUACCGGUGGUGGUGAUUGUGCACGGCAACCAAGAGCCCCAGUCUUGGGCUACCAUUACCUGGGACAAUGCGUUUGCGGAGAUUGUGCGCGAUCCCUUCAUGAUUACCGACCGCGUUACCUGGGCCCAGCUGUCAGUCGCGUUGAACAUCAAAUUCGGAUCUUGUACAGGGCGUUCUUUGACUAUAGAUAACCUGGAUUUCCUAUACGAGAAACUCCAGCGUGAGGAGCGAUCUGAGUACAUUACGUGGAACCAGUUCUGUAAGGAGCCCAUGCCUGACCGGUCAUUUACAUUCUGGGAGUGGUUCUUUGCCAUCAUGAAACUCACCAAAGAUCACAUGUUGGGCAUGUGGAAAGCAGGUUGCAUUAUGGGCUUCAUCAACAAGGCCAAGGCUCAGGAUGAUCUGUUGCGUUCAGUCUAUGGUAUUGGGACUUUCCUGCUCCGCUUCUCCGACAGCGAGCUCGGUGGAGUCACUAUCGCCUACGUAAACGAAAAUGGACUGGUCACCAUGCUGGCGCCAUGGACUGCACGUGAUUUUCAGGUGCUGAACCUGGCCGAUCGCAUUCGCGAUCUAGAUGUGCUUUGCUGGCUGCAUCCUAGCGAUCGCAACGCGAGUCCCGUGAAGAGGGACGUCGCCUUUGGUGAGUUCUACUCAAAGCGUCAAGAACCUGAACCCCUCGUUCUAGAUCCCGUGACCGGUUAUGUGAAGAGCACAUUGCACGUUCACGUUUGUAGCAAUGGAGACAAUGGAUCUACAAGUGGAACUCCGCAUCAUGCUCAGGAAAGCAUGCAACUGGGAAAUAUCUCGCCACAAAGCGGCAUCACUUUCUAUAGCCCAACCCGACUUGAGGAAUCAGAUUCCGAUGCUAGCGAAACGGCCGAGGCCCUAGCGAGCAUUGUGAAAAGCGCUCAACCCAACGAUCCUGUGAUAAGUGAAAUCACUGAAGCCUUAUUGACAUACAACUAUAGACAGUACGUUUACUGAUGACGUUUAUUGAUCAUAUGCUGUGCCACCGCCUACACCCGAUGGCUGGGUACUGGGCGCUAGUUGAAUGUGCCAUUUACCGAAAGUGGUGACUUUGGAAUGGCGGACUUCGAUACGAUUACAAACUUUGAGAACUUUUGAAACUAUUACCACUAUAGAAGCCUACAUAUAAUCGAAAUCAAAUAAACUCCUGAACGUGUGCCGCUAUCUUGGAAGUUCGACGAUGCCGAUUCCGCCACCUCAACGAUAUAAACGAUCUGGCGCAUGACUCAUUGUGCUAAUCUAAAGUUUUAUUUAAUGUUAUUUAGAUGUUAUUAUUAAAUUUGGGAGUGCAUCGUAGUGGAAGGUUUUGAUUGCUUUUUGUGAAACGCCAAAACACAGAACAACAUCAACAACAAUUAGAUCUAGCAGAUCAAUGCAUGCGCACCUCAACACAAAUACUUUCAGCUCACAGCCAGAACAUUGUCUAUAUAAUAUAUCGUGAUUAUGAUUGUGUCUGACUUAAGCAGAAUUUAGAAUUUCUGUGUUGUAUAAACCUUUAGAAUGUGUCCGCAUGUUGUUUUAUAUUUUUAUAUAUACCUUUUAUAUAUGUAUACAUAUGAUUUCAAUUUUGCAUAUGACGUGUUCGUCUGUGACAAAGCAUUACGUUUAAAUUAAACUGACGAGAGAAUCGGUUUAGUUAGUGAGUAACUAUUUGUUGAAUCGAAAUUUUUGAUUUUGAUUUUAAUUUUAAUCGCCUAAUUUUAAAACUUGGAUAUACAAAUUACUUCGCGUGCUAAGCCUAUGUUAAACGAAAGAUGAAAAACAAUCAACGAAAGCAGCAACGCCGAUAUUGAUUGCUUUAAUUUUAGUUAUAAUCUAAGUAACAUUGAAUUGCUUUAUGUAACCCCUCCUUUAUUGGCUUCCAAUGCUGAAAAUGCGCAAAAAUUUAAACUAAUCAAUGUAUAUUUUUUUUUAACUUGUUUGUUUGAGUCAUCUGGGCAGAGUUUGCAAUGCAUUUCAAAUGCGCCACAUGCAAUUGCCUUUUUAGUCAGCUAUUAGAGACACGAGGACCAUAUUACGUUUGUAUGAGAGAUCAUAAACAUAAUCAUUUAUCUAUGUAACCAACAACAAUAACACAAUACUACACUUAGCUUUGUACGCGAACCUUAAGAAUUUUAUAAGACUUAAGUACACCCCAAAAAAAUAUACAAUUCAAUAAACAUAAACCACUUAAAUGUGAA